UAACGAACACCUGGAGAACAUAGGAACAACAUUAACCAUUAGUCAUGUUUAAUUUAAGUAAAACAGUCGAGGAACUUCAGAAAAUAGAUGGUUUCUUCUUUUUUAAAAAAAAUAACUGCAAUGAAGAAAACGAAGAAAGUGAAAAUGAAGAGCAAGACCAAGGCGAGCAAACUGAAGCAACUUCGCAAGUAGACAGUUUAUCGUUUUUCAGUAAAAGAAAUAAUUGUGAUGAAGAGAACGAAGAAAGUGAAAAUGAAGAUCAAGGCCAAAGCGAGCAAACUGAAGAAACAACGCAAAUUGACGGUUUACCUUUUUUUAGUAAAAAAAAAAAAACACAACCGUAUGUGACGCAGCACCUACUCAUAGCAAAGAUGAAUAUACUUUGCCAAUCCUAAACAGUACAAUUUCUAAAAAUUCCUAUGUUUUUCCUAUGAACUAUAAGCAGCGUGGAGGAGCUAUAAUAUUUAAUCACUACAAAUUUCAAACGCUGAAUUCAAGGGACGGUACUGAUUUAGAUGAAAAGAAUUUGAAGAAACGCCUCUCCGCCUUGAAUUUCGAUAUAAAAGUGCACAGAGAC